CUAACCGCAUCAAGCGGUUGAACCUGUAAGACUUUCUUCAUAACUGCUUUCCUGUCUUCUAAUAAAGCUCCAUCUCCUCCGCGCCAAUCGCCAGAUCCUCCUCCGAAUGGGCGACCACACCCAUGACUCCUCCGAUUUCCUCACCGACAAAUCAGCUAAAAUCUUUGUGGCUGGACACCGCGGUCUAGUCGGCUCGGCAAUCGUCCGAAAACUUCAAUCCCUUGGCUUCACCAAUCUUCUCCUUCGGUCCCACUCCGAGCUCGAUCUCACUCGCCAAUCUGAUGUGGACUCCUUCUUUGCCGCCGAGAAGCCCCGAUUUGUUAUCCUAGCCGCUGCUAAAGUCGGCGGGAUCCACGCUAACAAUACGUUCCCUGCCGAUUUCAUUGCUAUAAAUCUCCAGAUUCAAACUAAUGUGAUUGACUCCUCAUUUCGCCACGGAGUUAAGAAAUUUUUGUUUUUGGGAUCUUCAUGUAUUUAUCCUAAGUUAGCACCGCAGCCCAUUCCUGAACAUGCACUGCUUACUGGGCCUUUAGAGCCUACGAAUGAGUGGUACGCAAUUGCGAAGAUAGCUGGGAUAAAGAUGUGCCAGGCUUACAGGAUUCAGUAUAGUUGGGAUGCUAUUUCUGUAAUGCCGACCAACUUAUAUGGUCGGAAUGAUAAUUUUCAUCCGGAGAAUUCUCAUGUUUUGCCGGCAUUGAUGAGGAGGUUUCACGAGGCGAAGGUGAAUAAUGCGAAACAAGUGGUGGUCUGGGGAACUGGGAGUCCGUUGAGGGAGUUUUUGCAUGUUGAUGAUUUGGCAGAUGCGGUGGUGUUUUUGAUGGACAAGUAUAGUGGGUUGGAGCAUUUAAAUGUGGGCAGUGGGAAGGAGGUUACUAUAAAGGAUUUGGCAGAGUUGGUGAAGGAGGUUGUAGGGUUUGAAGGGGAUCUUGUUUGGGAUACAUCAAAGCCAGAUGGGACUCCGAGGAAGUUAAUGGAUAAUUCUAAGUUGCUGGAGUUGGGUUGGACGCCGAAGAUUUCACUUAAGGAUGGGCUUGUUGAUACUUAUAAGUGGUAUGUGGAGAAUGUGGUGGGACAAUGAUGCAGGUGAUUAUUACAACGUUUAAUGUGUUUUCUAUUGAAGAUUAUUGGCUGUCAGUCUAAUGAUUGCUACUGUAUAUGUUAUGCUUACAUUGAAAUAAUUUCAACACUCAUUGUGUAUCGAUUACCUUGCAUAUGCAUUUGCCUCUAGUUCACUAGUUAUUUUUGUCUAGGAACUCCGAAUGCUGUUGUUGUUUCAGUGUACUAUUAUUUUGUGUUGAGUAGCUCAUUCUGAGGAUUAUUACAUGAAUGUGGUUGGUGCUUGUGGCUUCUUAUAUGCUGGAUUAGGAAUGAAUAACAUUGAUAAUCAAAAUUCAUAUGCGUGUCUUUA